AUGACAACUUUUGAGAAACUUAAUUUCGAUAAUCAAGCUCUGAAACAACUACCUGUCGACUCAUCCCCAGAUUACUUGAUCCAGCGACGAGUCCCAAAUGCUUGUUUCCAUCGAGUUAAACCAACUCCUGUUGAUGAACCAAAACUCGUUGCAAUUUCUGAAGAUGCUCUGAAGCUCAUCGGCUUAGAUCCGUCCGAAUUUUCACGAGGCGACGCGGGAGAGUACCUGUCAGGCAACACGGCUUUCCCUGGCGCCGAUUACGCCGCGCACUGCUACUGCGGCCAUCAAUUCGGGAGCUUUGCUGGUCAGCUUGGCGACGGAGCGACGAUGUACAUUGGGGAAGUACUCAAUGAGAAUAAUGACCGCUGGGAAAUUCAAUUCAAGGGCGCUGGUAAAACUCCAUUUUCUCGAACAGCUGAUGAACCAACAUCAAUUAUUACAAGACUUGCACCAACUUUCAUACGAUUUGGUAGCUUUGAGAUCAUCAGAAGGGGAGGCCCAAGCGCUGGAAGAUUAGAACUCGCGACGCAACUUGCUGAUUAUACGAUAAAGCUCUGCUAUCCCUCGAUUGAAAACUCAGAGUCCAAGUACGCUGAUUUAAUCAAAGAAGUAUCGAUAAAAACAGCCGAACUUGUCGCAAAAUGGCAACUGAUAGGCUGGUGCCAUGGUGUCCUGAAUACCGACAAUAUGAGCAUCGCUGGGCCUUUGAUUGGAAAAUGGAACUUGAUGAAAUGGGCUGAAACGAUGGAACAUCUUGUUCCAAGACUUGAAGCAAGAGAACUCAUCCAAGAAAGCUACGAUACGACUUAUAUGAAUGCUCUGAUCUCCGGCGCAAGGGCGAAAAUGGGCCUUUUCGAGUCACUAGAUGGCGAUAAGGACCUUUAUGAAAGCUUGCUGACAGCAAUGCUUGAGUCAGGUGCGGACUUCACCAAUACUUUCCGAGCUCUAUCCGGCGUUGAACUGGCCUCCGAUGGAGAAGUAAACGAAGAAACAGUUGAACGAACAAAAGAAAACAUCCUCGAACAUUGCUGCUACUCUGCGGAGGAUUGUCAAGCGGCUCCAGACGCUGGAAACGAACAAGAACUUGCGAUGCUUAGAAUGAUGCUCAGACAUGGCAUGCUUGACCCCGACCAGCAGGCGCAGCUUCAAGAAAACUUGGCAGAAUACGAAGCAAAAAUGAACAAAUUCAAAAUGUCCAACGAAGAAAAGAAAAUCAAAGAUAAGGAGUACUGGAACGCGUGGUUUACAGUCUACAAAGUAAGGCUUGCUCGUGAAAAACUCAACCCAGAAAGAAGACGACUCAUGAAUGGAGCCAAUCCAAAAUAUGUUCUUCGAAAUCAUAUUCUUGAAAAAUCAAUAAAGAUGGCGGAAGACGGCGAUUUUUCGGAAGUAAAUCGUCUUUUGGACCUGUUCAGGGACCCCUACGACGUUGAUGACAAAAAGUCAGCAUCAGCAGAAUAUCAGUCGCCGCCGAAAACGGAAGAUCUCUGCUUGAAGGUCACGUGA